CCCUGUGGCCCUAUGGCCCCGUGGCCCUGGAUGGAGUCAGAAACAUGGAGUCAGAUCCUACAGCGUUCUUGACAUGAACCACAAAGAGACGCUUUCUGCUCUCUGGAUGUUUUAGUUGGUUUCUGUGAGGAGGCUGUGCUGAUAUGUCAUGUCAUGCAAAGGAUUGUGGGAUUCCUUAAGGGUUCUUAGGGCCGCUAAGGGACGUCCCGAUGCUCCUAGGGUAAACUAGCCGUGAAGGGAACCUUACAGGCUCCUUUCCUGCCUCCUUCCUGACUGACUGAACUAUUCAGACUCUCUGAUCAUGGAGACGCUGAUGGAUUUCUGCUCUGGCUGAAGAGUCCUGGAUCUAUGAGGGUGUUCAGAUGGAGCCUUUGUUCAGGUUAGCGGUAAGAUGUUAUUUAUGCACAACUUUUCCCCACAUGGAUGAACCUUGUGGAACAACAGAGUAAAUUCAGAACACCUUAUUGAUCAAUAAUGUUUAACCUGUUUUCCCAAAACCGGCAUUUAAUAAGGACAUUAACUUAACUGACAGCAAAUCUACUAAUAAUAUGAUCAACAAUGUCUUGUCUGAUAAUUCUCAUAUGUUCUACUACUGGGAUAAUCUAAAUUUGUUUUUAUGUGGUCAAAAUGUUAUUUCUUAAGAAUAACUAUCAAAGAUACAUAAAUGCCAAAAAUCUAAGUUUUCCUUUUUUUGUUCAUUAAUGACUUUAAACUGUUUUUAAUCUCUAAAGGUAAAUGUUAAGAAAUGUAUCUCAACCUUUACCAUUUUGAAGUAUAGCAACUCCUCCCACGUCAUCCGGUGCCACCAGGCCAUGUGGGGGUUUAUUUUAGCCUGAAUGCCCAAAUGUACGACUGCACCUGAACGCACCUGCGCCCCCUGAGCGUAGAGUCGCAGCUCGUCGGGAACGCGGCUGCGCAGUCGGUCUAACACAACACCGGAAGUGACGAACCGAAAGUAAACCAACUUCCAAAGGUUCGUCAGCGGCUCUUCUGGGUUUUUUGUUACCUGAACAGGUGAGCUCAGCCCGGUCCGGUCCGCGUAACGUCAGAGCACCGAACCUGCGUCCAGCUGCUCGGUUCGGUUCAGGUCAGGUGGCGGGUUCUGGGGACCGGUUCUGAUAAAUCCUACAUCAGAACCGAUCAGAACCUCUGUUCCUCUGAGCAGCUCCAGGAAGAAAUAAAGAGAAAGUAAAGAUGACAACAGAUGACACCUACUUACUGCUGAGUUCUGGUUCCGCUCAUAACAGAAGAACCCGGCUGGAUCCGGACUGGAGACGAAACACGAGGUCCAGUUUCUCCACGAUGGUGAAGACCUGAGGAGAAGAUCCACCAGAGGGACCAGGUUCUGGCAGACAUGGAUCCUGAUCCAGAUCUCACCAUCGUCCUCCUGGGAAACUCCGGUGUGGGUAAGAGCGCUUCAGGAAACACCAUCUUAGGACGAGUGGCGUUCGAGUCCAAGGCGUCUUUCAGUCCCAGUAAAGUGGCCGUCAGACAGGAAGCAGGUGUGGUGUUUGGGAAACGGAUCCGAGUCGUUGACACGGCAGGAAUCCUUGAGUUUGAGGAGCAGAUUAAGUCCUGCUGCGAGGAGGUCCUGCAGACCGUCAGACCUGUUCUGUUCCUGCUGGUGGUGAAAGUGGACCGCUUCACCACAGAGCAGAGGAAGGCGGUGGAAGCAGCCAUCAGGGUGGUGGGCGAGCAGGCCUUCAGGUGCUGCUUCCUGCUCUUCACCUAUGGAGACAGCCUGAAGAACACCUCGCUGCAGGACUUCAUCUUCAUGGACGAGCAGAGCUCCCUUCCAGAGGUGGUCCGAGAUUUCUCUGAGAGGUUCCACCUGUUCAACAACGAAGACCGGGGAAGACAGCAGGUCCAGGAGCUCCUGGAGAAGUCUGGACACCUGCAGGUUCCUUCAGCAGGAGCUUCCAACCAGAGAAGCGGGCUGGAUGGUUCUGGAGUUGGAUGUUGGACAUCAGAGGUCUUCAGUAACCAUGUGACUGGUCCAGGUGAAGGAGGGUCAACCAGCCUACAGGAGCGGAGGAUCGUCCUGGUGGGACCUGCUGGAUGUGGGAAGAGUUCUGCUGGGAACACUCUCCUGGGGUUCCAUCGCUUCCAGCCUGACUGCGCCUUUGAUGGAGUCAGGCGGCGGGCGGAGAGCGGCUCUGCAGAGGUGGACGGGGUCCGGCUCACCGUGGUGGACUCUGCAGGACUCUCAGGUGAAGACCUGAGUCUGGACCAGCUGGUCCAUGAGAUCAGGACGGCCAUGCGCCUGGCAGAACCAGGACCUCAUGUGAUUGUCCUUGUGGUGAAGAUCGGCCGGCUGUCCAGCGGAGACUCCCGGCUGCUGCGUCUCCUGACCCGGCUGCUGGACGCCAGCGUCUCUAGGCACGCCGUGGUGCUCUUCACUCAUGGAGACGCUCUAGGAGGCCGGAGUCUUCGGGACGCGGUCCAGUCCAGCUGCUGCGUGUCGGAGCUGGUGGCGCGCUGCGCGGGGAGACACUGCGUGCUGGACAACACCCGCACCGACCGUCUGCAGGUGGAGCGCUUCCUCCAGCUGAUGGACGAGACGGUUCGAGGGAACUGGGGACGUCACUGCGGCCCAGAGACCUUAGGACCAGCGGACAGGAAGUCCUCACCUGACCCAGGCCGAGGGCAGACGCUGCGCCACAGACUCUGGAUCAGAUUAUCCAGAUGUUUGCCUGCUGGGCCGGGUCUGCUGAGGGUUCUGUCUGCAGCUGGGUCAGCACUGACGCUGCUUAUGAAUAUUGAGACCCAGCGAUACUUUUAUUGACCCUAAUGAGCUCCACCUGAAGUCUGAAGACACCGUAACGAGCCCCGGCUCUGAUGUCUGGGACCUGCAGACUCACAUCGCCUGUUUAGAUCAAACUGGGCCAGAAAAUCCACCGGGACCAGAGCUGAGGUUCAGAGUGUGACCUCAGCAGAGCAGCCUUCAGCCGUCGUUGCUCCGCUGACCUCAGAUCAGCGCAGACCUCUGAAGCUGAGCGGGUUCAUGAGACAAAUGGAGUCAGCCAAUCAGAACAAAGCUUCCUCAUUUAAACCGUCCUAUCAGAACGACUCUUUGAUCAGAUGCAGACGUUAAAGACGCCCUGAUGAACACGGUGAAUGUGAUUGGUCGUCUGCUUAGAUCAGUGAGGACUCUGUGGGUUUACAUGAACAAAUGAAUGAACAAAUUAAUACAUUUAUGUUGUGUAUAAAUCA